CUCCUGAUCCAGAAUGACGGGUGCCAGGCUGAUGGGGGUGUUGCUCACCCUGGCUGGCCUGCUGCAGCAGGCCCUGUCCCUGAGAAUAGCAGCCUUCAACAUCCAGACUUUUGGGGAGACCAAGAUGUCCAAUGCUACCCUCUCCAACUACAUUGUGCAGAUCCUGAGUCGCUAUGAUAUCGCCCUCGUCCAGGAGGUCAGAGACAACCACCUGAUGGCCGUAGGGAGGCUGCUGGACAAACUCAACCAGGACGACCCAAACACCUAUCACUAUGUGGUCAGUGAGCCGCUGGGACGCAACCGCUAUAAGGAGCGCUACCUCUUCCUGUUCAGACCCGACCAGGUUUCCGUGCUGGACAGCUACCAGUAUGAUGAUGGCUGUGAGCCCUGUGGGAAUGACAGCUUCAGCCGAGAGCCAGCGGUGGUCAAGUUCUCCUCCCCCUUCACACAGAUCAAGGAGUUUGCCAUUGUUCCCCUGCAUGCGGCCCCAUCGGAUGCGGUGGCUGAGAUGGACUCUCUCUAUGAUGUCUACCUGGAUGUCUGGCAGAAGUGGGACUUGGAGGACAUCAUGUUGAUGGGUGAUUUCAAUGCUGGCUGCAGCUACGUGACCCCCUCGCAGUGGUCAUCCAUCCGCCUGCGCAGGAGCCCCCCCUUCCAGUGGCUGAUUCCUGACACUGCUGACACCACCGUUACACCCACGCACUGUGCCUACGACAGGAUUGUGGUUGCAGGACCUCUGCUCCAAGGUGCUGUGGUUCCCAACUCAGCUGCUCCCUUUGACUUCCAAGCUGCAUACGGAUUGAGUGACCAGAUCGCCCUAGCCAUCAGUGACCAUUACCCGGUGGAGGUGAUGCUGAAGAGAGCCUGA